AUGCGUUUCUCCACCCUCAUCUUCACCAGCGCACUGUCAGUCCUUGGCUUCGGCUCCCCCACGGUGCUCCCUGGGACGCCUGGCGCAGCAGCCAUCGCGCCCCGAGAGAUCUCCAUGAUGCCCGCCGCCCCGCAAUGGACAAUCGAGGUCCUCCAGCGGGCCUGCAACCCGGCCGACACGUCAUGCAAGUGGUCCUUCCGGAUCAAUGACAAGUCUGGCGCCCCUGCGACCCAGUGCUCGUUCACCAUUAAGGGCAAGCCCGCGAGCCAGACGGGCGGCGCGGGUUUCAAGUGUGGCGUGUACACUGUCGGGGCAGGGUGGAGCGGGGCUUUUGGCCCUGGUAACGGCUUCACCACGCUCAGUGUGGUGAACAGCCAGACUAGGAACAUCGUGUGGCCGGCGUACACGGACAAGCAGCUCGCGGGGGCCCGGGUGGUGAGCCCAGACCAGAGCUACGCGCCAGUCAAGCUUGCGUGA